GUGAUCAUUCCAUCUGCUACCUUUGAGUGACUUACACCUGACAAUGAGCGUUGGAUAAGAUGCCUUUUCUAUCUUAAGAGGACUAAAUCUGUGUCCUUGCGUUAAGGUAUCUUGGCAACUAAAAGUCUCGAGAGAAAGAGGGGCAGCGCGCCAUGGAGGUCGAUGGCGGAGCUUCCAAAGAGCGGCGAUGGCUUCCAAAUUCAUACGUUAUGAAGCUCACGCUGGCGGCCGGAUUGGGUGGGCUUCUUUUUGGCUAUGACACUGGAGUCAUUUCUGGAGCGCUUCUAUACAUCCGUGAUGACUUCCCGGAGGUGGACCGAAGCACGGUCCUUCAGGAAACGAUUGUUAGCACGGCCAUUGCUGGAGCGAUCCUGGGAGCUGCCAUUGGUGGAAAGAUGAGCGAUCGUUUUGGAAGGCGGCCCGUGCUGAUUGUGGCGGAUGCUUUGUUCGUAGUUGGGGCGGUGCUCAUGGCAGCAGCAACAAGUGCCACGUUAUUGAUCGUGGGUCGAGUCUUCGUUGGACUUGGAGUUGGAGUUGCGUCUAUGACAGCUCCUCUCUAUAUCGCCGAGGCUUCUCCCGCGAGUAAGCGCGGGGGACUCGUGAGCUUGAACGUUCUCAUGAUCACCGGAGGACAGUUCAUAUCUUACGUUAUAAAUUUUGCUUUCAGCAAGGUACUUCCUUCUCUCUCCUAUAUUCGAUGUACUGAGCUGAUGCUAUUUUGGAUACAGCUGCCUGGAACUUGGCGAUGGAUGUUGGGAGUAGCGUGCGUGCCUGCCCUUCUCCAGGCGUUUCUCAUGUUCUUUCUUCCGGAGUCUCCUCGGUGGCUCUUCAGACAGGGACGAGUCGACGAGGCUGUUGUCGUGCUGACCAAUAUCUACCCCGGGGAUCAACUGAAAAAAGAAAUGGGCGAGCUUCAGGCUUCCGUGGAUGCCGAGAAAGAAAACAAGGCUUCGAUAAAAGAACUUAUUAAAUCCAGAGAAAUCAGGCUUGCUCUACGAGCUGGCGUUGGUCUCCAGAUUUUCCAGCAGUUCGUGGGGAUCAACACGGUCAUGUACUACAGCCCCUCCAUCGUGGAGCAAGCCGGCUUCGCGUCACACCAGACCGCGCUGCUACUCUCCAUGAUCGUUGCCGGCAUGAACGCUCUGGGAACAAUCGCAGGGAUAGUCCUCAUCGACAAGUUUGGCAGGCGUCGCUUGUCCAUGAGCAGCCUCGUCGGCGUCAUCCUCGCUCUGGGACUCCUCACGGCCGCGUUCCAGAUCACAGCCAGCGACGCUCCAGCGGUGGACAUCACCUCCUCGUUCGCCUCUCCAUACACUUGCCCGGACUUCUCCAGGAACUCCGCUCGCUGGGACUGCAUGUCGUGCUUAAAGCACGACUGUGGUUUCUGUGGAGCCGAAUCCAAUCAGAUGUUUGCCGGGAGCUGUUUCAUCUCGAACAGAACCGUGGGUGACUUUUGUGGCGACAACCAUCGACCGUGGUUCACGAAAGGCUGUCCAAGUCACUACGGGUGGCUGGCUCUCAUCGGCCUGGGAGCUUACAUCGCAGCGUUCUCUCCAGGUAUGGGGCCGGUGCCUUGGGCCGUCAACUCGGAGAUCUAUCCUCUCAAGUACCGGGGGGUCUGUGGGGGGAUCGCAGCCACCGCAAACUGGGUGUCCAACCUCAUCGUCGCGCAGAGCUUCCUCUCGCUCACCAAGGCCAUUGGAACGUCGUGGACGUUUCUACUGUUUGGAGGGAUCUCGGUGGCGGCGCUGCUCUUCGUCUUCUUUUGGGUUCCUGAGACCAAGGGCCUGUCGUUUGAGGAGAUCGAGAGGCUGUGGCAGGGGGAGAAUCGGCAGCAGCAGCCGCGGGGCAUCGAAUCCAAAGAAGCCGCCGUUGAGAAUGCGUGAGACAGAGAGAUCAAAAUGGUUUGUGACAAGUUCGAACUCUUUCAUGCUGUGAUUGAUCAAGAAAGUGUAUAUGUUUUUCUAGUGUAUGAGAGAUGUGUGUAUGUUGUGACCCAUGGGGUGUUUGUUGGUCAUCAAAUUCUUGCUGCACCAACUUUCCAAAGUUGGUGAAUGUGUGUGAAUUGAAUGCUUAGGAUGCUUUCAUAUA